GUAUAGAAGUCUGUGAUUGUAAACGAUUACAGCGGUAGACCACGGCUAUCGUGCUGAAGACGUAAGUUCAAAGUUGUCUCCACUCCACAGCCUUCACUGUCUCGCAGACAAACGAGUAAUAAUCGAUAUUGUAAUAACGUGACGAGUGACGACUGACAAUAUUGUGCAUCGACGAAGUAUACACAAUACUAUACAUAUUAAUAUUGUGGAUUUAAUUACCUCUGUUGUUGCGAAACAAAUGGAAACAAUUUACAAUUGUUAUAUUUUGUCUCGAUUGAGAUGAUAUUGGGUUUCCGUUAGUCUGUUAUUAAUUUAUUACACAAUUGAAAUACUGCAUCAAAUAUUGGUGCGUUUUGCAAUCAAAAUCUUUGAGCUACUGAACGUACGUUUCCAGUAAUCAUAUUAAAAGUUAGCAAACAAUGGCCCAAGAAAAUAUAAUACACGGAUCUGCAAUUCCUGAUUAUUUGUUAAACAGUAAAUCAAAUUUAAGUCAGCUCUUUACUCGAUUACUCAAUGAACUUGGAAAUAAAACUGCGAUGGUUGAUAUUCAUGAUGGGUCUUCAAUCACAUUCAAUAAAAUGUUACACGCAAGUUUCAAUAUAGCAAACUACUUAAAGUAUGAGUUUGGAGUACAAAAAUCUGAUAUUGUUGGAAUAUUUAGUGAAAAUACAAUUUGGUAUCCAUGUCUUGUACUGGCAGUAUGGCAUGUUGGCGGCAUUUGUGCAUUGUUCAAUCCUAUGUAUAAUACUAAGGAAUUAACACACGUGCUAAAUAUAACUAAACCAAAAAUUAUGAUAACAUCAAAAAUGGGGUUGGAAAUUGUAAGAAAUACUGCCAAACCACUGGAUUUUAUCAAAUAUGUUUGUCCUAUUGAUAUUCUUUGCAAUACUAGAACAAUUGAAGAAAAUAAUAACUUUGUACCAACUCCAUGCGAUAAUAAACAGACCUGUGUUAUAUUAUUUUCUAGUGGAACAACUGGUUUACCUAAAGGAGUAGAGUUGUCACAUAAAUCUAUAUUUCUUAUGGUUUCUAUCUUAAAUUACAUUAGUGAAUUUGUAACUAAAACUGAUACUUUGAUGGGUCUAGUACCUAUGUUCCACGGAUAUGGAUUACUGGUAAUGUGUAUGUGCAUGUCAAUUGGCAGUAAGGUCAUAGUGCUUAAAUAUUUUGAUGAAGAAUUAUUUUUAAAAUCUAUCGAAGUUCAAAAAAUUACAGUUUUAUUUGCUGUACCACCGCUGAUGAUAUUUCUGGCUAAACACCCCUUAGUAGACAAAUACAAUUUAUCAUGCUUGAAUGUUAUAUAUUCCGGUGCAGCUCCAUUAUCUUUAGACAUUGAAAAUGAAGUAAUCAAUAGGAUAGGUAAAGGUAAACCAUUAAAAGUAUUUCAAGGAUAUGGAAUGACUGAAUUAUCUAUUUUAUCAACAUUUCCUGGACAAAAUGAAGCUGAACAUGUUAAUGGUUCGGUUGGGAAAUUGAUAUGUGGCAUGUCAGGAAAAGUGAUUGAUUUAAAUAAUGGCAAAUCAUUAGGAGUAAAUAAAAGUGGUGAACUGUGUUUCAAAGGGCCUAUGGUCAUGAAUGGUUAUUAUGAGAACCCUGAAGCAACAACAACAACAAUUGAUGGUGAAGGAUGGCUUCAUACAGGGGACGUUGGAUACUAUGAUAAAUAUUAUAAUUUUUAUAUUGUUGAUAGACUCAAAGAACUUAUCAAAUAUAAAGGAUACCAGGUGGCACCUGCAGAAUUAGAAUCACUGUUAUUAACACAUCCCGAAAUUGAAGACGUAGCAGUUACUGGAAUUCCGAAUCUGGAAGCUGGAGAACUUCCAAUGGCGUUUGUAGUUAAAGUACCUAAUUCAGCUCUCAAUGAGAAAGAUGUUGUACAAUUUGUUCACAAAAAUGUUUCAGCCCAAAAGCGUCUUAGAGGAGGUGUUCGGUUUGUGAAUAGUAUUCCGAAAAAUCCAAGCGGUAAAAUUUUACGUAGAGUACUUAAAGGCUUAAUUAAUCAAUCAAAAUUAUAAAAACGAAUACAGUUAUAUUUUGUAGAAUAUAUUUAGUUUACUAUGUGGUCAUGUAGACAGUUUAUUUGAGGAAAAUAUUGAAAUUUAUGUUUAGAGAUUUAUUAUUUUUUUUAGUUUUAAUAAAUAUGUUUAUAAUUUAUGUAAAGCUGGACAAGUUAACUAUAUUUUUAACUUGUUAAAUUAAGCUAAUAUAAAAAUUUUAAGUUAAGUCAAAAGUUACUUUUAUUUAUUUUUUAUAUUUGGUUAAAAAUCAAUUACUUUUUUCAUAAAAAUUAAUAAUUUUACUUUUAACAAAUAACAUUGUAAUUUAAUAGAGGUUUUACAGUUUUAAAUAAAUAUAUGUAUUAAAAUUGA